UUUAUUGAUUAAUAUCUAAUAUAUGGACGUAGUCCGCCUAAUUUCACUGGCUUUGUUGGCUGUUGUUCUAUUUGUUUUGAUGGAUGCUGUACCGUACGCCACGCCGUACUAACCGUACCGUUUCCCAAAAUUCCUGCAACCAUCAGGCCGGUCGCCGGUAGUAACAUUUUUGUAGUGCAAGAAUUUUGCUUGUAUUUAAUUGUUUGUUACAUAAUUGUGUAAAAGUGCUUCUGUAAAGGAUACUACUAUGCAGGUUAGUAAUGAAUUUGUUCUGAUUGCAUUAUUUAAUCACAACAACAAAAAUGACAGGAACCGGAGCUCAUGAGAGACUGAAAAACAAAUUUGUGGAGGAUUUAGGAUUGGAAAGUUCAAUUCCUUUAUUUUUAAUUCAAUCAAGAACAUGGCAGAAUUGGAGCUUCAUGCUAGUUCACGACGAACAGUAUUUCGAAGAAAUUUGUCCAAUCAGAGGAGAAAAAUUUUGUCUUCUUAACCGAAGGAGAAAUAAUUAAUUUGAAGACUGCAUCUACUAGUUCUGAUGCAUCUACAUACUUCACAAGACUUUCGACCCUUACCGUUCUCGACCCUUAUUUUUGUUCUAUUGUUCUUGUUAAUGUACCUCAAUUAAUAACUUAAGUUCAAUAAAUAUUUUCAAAUACCUUUAUUAUGCAUUUUUUAUUUGCAACAAUUCUUAUUUUCCCGUUUUAUUUACAGGAUGACUUGUAUUUCUACUUUUAUAUUUUUGGGAUAGUUUUCAGUAAAAUCAGUUAAAACCGAAAUUAGAACUGAUUUUACUGAAACCUAACCUAAAUAUAAAAGUAGCAAUACAAGUCAUCCUGUAU